GGAACAAUGCCACCCUGACCAUCAGCAGGACCCGGGCCGAGGACCAGGCUGACUAUUACUGUGAGGUGUGGGUUAUUGCCAGUGACGAAACACACAGUGACAUAGGCAGAUGGGCGGGGUGGACGAGGCCCACAACAGGCCAAAUAGGCCAUAAGGACCCCAGGGGCCAGAGAUCUGGCCCCAGGCAGCACUGGCCCCUGCUGCUGCUGGGCCUGGUCGUGGACACCCAUGGCUUGAUGCCCCUGAUGGUAAUACUGUGGAGCAGGGCUCCAGGCCCCCAAGACGUGGCAGGAAGCGGCCUUCGGAUCCUAAGGGACAGCCCUGCACCCGUCAAGCCCAGCAGCUUCCUGCUGCAGACUGGCCCCCAGGGAAUAGGCCCCAAGUGUUGGCCUGGCCGGUUUUAGUCUGAGCCUCAGUCACUGUGGUAUUUCUUCGGUGGAGGGACCAAGAUCACCGUCCUAGGUCAGCCCAAGUCUGGGCCCUCAGUCACUCUGUUCCCACCCUCCUCUGAGGAGCUCAGUGCCAAAAAGGCCACACUGGUGUGUCUCAUCAAUGACUUCUACCCCGGCACCGUGACGGUGGCCUGGAAGGCAGAUGGCAGCACCGUCACCCAGGGCGUGGAGACCACCAAGCCCUCGAAACAGAGCAACAACAAGUACGCGGCCAGCAGCUACCUGAGCCUGACGCCUGAAAGCUGGAAAUCUAAGAGCAGCUACAGCUGCCAGGUCACGCACGAGGGGAGCACCGUGGAGAAGACUCUGACCCCCUCACAGUGUUCUUAGGACUCUCCGCUCCCCACUCUCGGGGGCCGUCCUCAGCCAGAUACCCCUUCCCCCAGUUCUCCACUGUACCCCUGAGACCCCUGCCCAGGAUCAGCUCAGAGUGGGGAGCUCCACUCUCUUCCCAUGUCUAUAUCUCUUCAAUAAAGAUCUAAUCAUUUAUCAUC